AUGGCCGCAGCAAACAAUGCCGGUACUCCUGCGCUUGUCAUAGACGAAGAGAGCAUUGCUUCGUCAAGCACUAGUCUUCGUGACUCUAUUCUUCACUACCGUAUUGAGAAUGGCCGAACUUACCAUCGGUAUAAAGACGGAAAAUACACGGUCCCCAAUGACGAGCGGGAAAUGGAAAGACUAGGCUUGCAAGAUGAAUUAUGGGCUAUUUCUCUUAACUUCGCUUCUGGAAUUGCUCCGCCUUGCAAAUUAGAUGCAGAGGUCAGUAGAGUUCUCGACGUCGGCACCGGCAGCGGUAUUUGGGCGAUCGCAUUCGCAGACGAACAUCCUGAUGCUGAGGUCAUUGGCAUAGAUCUCUCUCCGCCUCUCCCUGACCACGUCCCCCCGAACGUCAAGUUCGAGAUCGACGAUGUCGAGGAGGAGUGGACGUGGUCCCGGCCCUUUGACUAUAUCCACAGCAGAGUCAUGACCUGGAGCAUCAGCGAUUGGGAUCUUUACCUCCGUAGAUGCUAUGAUAAUCUCACACCUGACGGAUGGGUUGAACUGCAGGAACUCGACAUCUUCACCACGUCCGAUGACGGCACCCUCAAGGCUGACUCUGCAACACGGAGAUGGAGCACGUUGCUCACAGAGGUAACCGAAAAGCUUGGGCCUCCUUACAUCGACCCUAAGGAUCUUGUUCACAACGUGAGAAAGGCUGGCUUCGUUGGCGUUUCUAUCACAACGUACAAGUGGCCUCUCAACGACUGGCCCAAGGAUGAGAAGUACAAGCAGAUUGGAAGACUUCAUUAUGAAAACUCGACGACUGGCCUCGAGGGAUUCACCAUGGCCGCUUUGACGCGUGCUCUUGAGUGGAGUCCUGAGGAGGCUACUGUCUUCCUCAUGGAAGUACGAAACAAGGUCAAGAACAGAACGACUCAUGGAUACACCCCGACGUCAUUCUCCUUUUCCAAGCACUGCAUCAUCGGGCGUAGGCCGGAGAAGGAGGCCACUUCUGCUUCCCCAGCUCCGGCGUCCCCGGAGGCUCCUGCUUCUCCCUCAGCCCAGCCGUCAGCUCCAGCUCCGGCUCCAGGUUCUUCUUAA